CGUCGCCCGCGGCCCGGACCUCGCCCUGCUUGUACCAGUACCCGUGCGCGCCGCGGUCCCGCGUGUAGAGGCCCGCCAGCCGCACGACCGCGCCGCCCGCGGCCAGCGCGGCCCGCUCCGCGCCCAGGAGCUUGCGCGCGCGCGGCGUGUCGAGCGUCGCGCCCGCCUCGUCGACGACGCCGCCCGCGUCCUCGGCGAAGACGCCGCCCGACGACGCCAUCAGGAACGCGCCGGAGCCGUCCCAGCACGUGCGGGCGGCCUCCGUCACCUCGGCCGCGUACUCCUCGUCGCCGUACGCGCUCGGCGGCGCGCAGAAGAGGACGUUCGCGCACUUCGCGGGCGUCCCGCGCGCGGCGCGCGUCGCCGGCGUCGCGCCCAGGCGCUCGAGCUCGGCGUGCGACGCCGUCGACGCCGUCUCGCCGAUGAUCCGCGCGCCGGGGUGCGCCUCGCGCCACAGGCGGCACGUCGCUCGCCCCAACACGCCGCAGCCGACGACGUACAGCGACGGCGCCGCCGGCGCGGCCAGGGCGUGGGCACCGGCCAUGACGAAGAGGACGUUGUGCAUCGUUGCACUGACUUUCACAAUGCACUGGCUUGCACUAAAAACUUGGAAAAAAAAGCUAGCGCAGUAAGGCACUAGCGACGUUUGGGAGACAGCUUGCUUGCGGUCUCUUGCUCCACAAAAAAGGGCGGGCGUUGGCUGCAGGCGUUGGGUCGCAAACGCGCUGCCAGGCUCGCGCGCGCCCGUCGACGUGCCUCGGUUGCUGCGGCACCACCCACGGCUGUGACGCGUCUAUGCGUUUUUGGCUGCUCGUGGUAGGCAGGAUGGCGGCGGCGCUGAGCGCGCCGCACGUCGUGGUGACGGGCGGGAGCGGCUACAUCGGGAGCCACACGUGCGUGAAGCUGCUCGAGGCGGGCUACCGCGUGACGGUCCUGGACAACUUGGUCAACAGCAAGGUCGAGUCGCUGCGGCGCGUCGGCGAGCUCACGGGCAAAUCAGAUUUGCUCGACUUCCACGAGGUGGAUUUGUGCGACUACGAGAAGCUCGAUUCCAUACUGGCGAAGAUUGCGCCCUGCCAGGCCUGCAUCCACUUCGCGGGCUUAAAAGCCGUGGGCGAGUCGACGCAGAAGCCCCUCGAGUACUACGAGAACAACGUCGGCGGCACGCUCGCGCUCCUCCGGGCCAUGCGCAAGCACGCGAUCACGCAGAUCAUCUUCUCGAGCUCGGCCACGGUCUACGGCGCGGCGACGCCGCCCAUCACGGAGGCGACGCCGACGGGCGGCGGCAUCACGAACGCCUACGGCCGCACGAAGUACGUCAUCGAGGAGAUCCUCGGCGACUUCGCGCGGUCGCCGGCCGGCGCGGACUGGUCCGUGGUCCUGCUGCGCUACUUCAACCCCGUCGGGGCGCACCCGAGCGGGCGGAUCGGAGAGGACCCGCAGGGCCCGCCGAACAACCUCAUGCCCUACGUGGCCCAGGUCGCGGUCGGCCGCCGCGAGUUCCUCAGCGUCUACGGCGACGACUACGACACGCCCGACGGCACGGGCGUGCGCGACUACAUCCACGUCGAGGACCUCGCCGUGGGGCACCUGAGCGCGCUGCGCAAGAUGGAGACGAGCGCGCCGGCGCUGCGCGUCUACAACCUCGGCACGGGCAAGGGCUACUCCGUCCUCGACAUGGUGCGGGCCAUGGAGAAGGCCGCGGGCAAGACGAUCCCCUACAAGAUCGUCGCGCGGCGCCCGGGCGACGUCGCCACCGUCUACGCCGACACGAAGAAGGCGGCGGACGAGCUCGGCUGGACCGCCGAGCUGGGCCUCGACGAGAUGUGCCGCGACCUCUGGACGUGGCAGAGCGCGAACCCGAUGGGCUUCGUCGACGGGAGCGCCGAGCUUUAG